AUCCAAUCUCCGUAACGUAACCACUCCGGUGAAGAGGUGAGGCGAGCACAGAGCACAGAGCUCAACGCCCCGGCGACGGCGAGACCGUGAGAGAGAGCGAGAAGACAGACAGGGAAGAGAGAGAUGCCUAAGAGAACGACCCACACGUACUCCAGCGAAGACGCAGCUCCGGAUGGACCCGAUUCUGAUCUCUUCGUUUACUACUGCAAGCACUGCAGUUCCCACGUCCUAAUCACUGAUACGCAAUUGCAGAAAACACCAAAAAGGAAGACUGACAAGGCACAUGUGGUGGACAAGAAGAAGCAUCUCGCGAGACUGAACGUCAAGGAGGCAGGGAAAAUUCUCCUAAAACGAGGUGAAGGAAAAAUGGAGAAGCAAUUCCGCAUGAACUGCUUAGGCUGUGGACUAUUUGUCUGCUACCGAGCUGAAGAGGAUCUGGAAGCUGCUUCUCUCAUUUAUAUUGUUGAUGGUGCCCUCAGUACAGUUACUGCUGAGACCAAUCCACAGGAUGCUCCUGUGCCACCCUGCAUAUCACAGUUAGAAGGCGGGCUUGUUCAGGUGGCUAUAGAAGUGGAAGCUGGGGCACAACGGUCUGCAAUUACAAGAGUGAAUGCUGAUGAUGUUCGGGUUACUGUAGCUGCACCUGCAGCACGUGGAGAGGCUAACAACGAGCUGUUAGAAUUCAUGGGAAAAGUGUUGGGUCUGAGACUCAGUCAGAUGACUCUUCAGAGAGGGUGGAAUAACAAAUCAAAGCUCCUUGUGGUUGAGGAUCUAUCUGCGAGGCAGGUGUAUGAAAAGCUACUGGAGGCUGUGCAACCUUGAAGCUGAAGCUGCUUUGUGUUGUGGAUGUACCAAAUUUUGCUGUCAUCCAUUCCUCCGUCAUGCUUUGCAAUUCAUUGUAUGGUAUGAACGAUUAUUUGUUUUGGAUCUGGGAAGUCAACUGAGGAGCUUGACUUUUGUCUUUUGUGUUGUAAAGAUCAUUAACUUGAAGAGCAAACUUGCAAGAACUUCCUAUAGGGAUCGUUUCUGUGAA